AUGGCUACCGCACCUGCUCCCAACCCUCGUGCUUCCCUCCUCUCUGGUCUUCGCACGGGAGGCGUUCGCUCGUCAUCAGGCAAUGUGCCGCUGACUGCCGCCCCCGGUGCUACGUUCAACGUUCCCCGCGUUAUGUCUCCGCCUACCAAUCAAGCAUACUACCCAUCGGAAGAAGAAGACGAAUUGACCAACAUGAUGGCGCAGAACCUGUACAUUAGGAACAACGCUGCCCGUGUCCAACGACAUCCGAUGACCGCUGCCGUGGACGGCGUUGCUGGCAGGUUUGCCCAGCAGCAGGCAAUGGGCGUGAACAUUGGCAUGAACUACCCGAUGGCGGCAAUUCCGGCCCAGGCUCAGUUGCAAGCUCUGCAGCUGCAGAUGGUACAAAUGGAGAUAGCUAGGCUUCAGACUCUACAAGCUCAGCAGACUUUACAGGCGCAGCAGCAGUAUCAAGCUGAGCUGCUCGCGCAGGCACAGGCGCAGGCUUUUCGUCAACGCCAGGCUCAGCAACCGUUGCGCCGCAGCACUGCCGGCUUUGUGACACCAGCCUCUGCCGCCCCUGCACAGACUUCUUUUGACUUGCGGGCUGCAACAGCAAGUGCGCAGACGCGUCGUUCCAACCAGGCGGAACAACUGCGUGCUAGGCUCGGAGUUGGGGCUGACAAUCAUAUGCCCAUGACUGCUGCUAUUGGCGGGAAGUUUGGUAGUAGGAUGACGCCUGCUCGUUACGAGUCGGACGAGGACGACUUCGCACCGACCAGCGUGAAGGCACAAUCUUCAAAUUUCACAACGGUCAUCAGUGGUGGAACCCCCCUGGGCAGUCCUGCGCUUAGCAGCCCCAACCCGAACGCCCAUGGUUCCGUUCCGUCAAAAUCCGACGCUGCUGUGUCAUGGAGGCGUGGUGCUGUUAACAACUCGGUCCUAAGCGGCGCCCGUGCAACGUCCUCUCCGUUGGUCAAGAUUACUCCUCCCCCAGCUGAGCCGUCGUCUCCUCCCUCGGGACCUGCCACGGCGAGAGCGCGACCGCUCCCCCUGCAGCUGAAGGUUGCUUCACAGCCAUUGCCUGGCACCGUCGCCGUCGAUAGCUCUGAUGGUGUAGAUGGUGAAGAUUCCUCGUCGGUCUCGUCCAAAUCGAAUUCGUCUCCUAGCACUCCCCACACCGCCACGUCCAGCGACGGGGUUCCGCUGUCGCCCCGCGAGGAAGCCGUCAAGAAGCUCUACGAGGGCCUUGGUAUUGGACGAGGCGGACCUGCUAUUGCCGUUGCUGAACCUCAGGACUCUCCAGCCGUCAUGCAGAGGCUUGUCAGCCAGCCGACGCGCCAGCCACGCGGACCGCCGUCGAGCCAUGACGAGCUACUUCCAAAGAACUUUGCCACUCGGAACAGGAGGAAGGCCAUCGGAGCCCUCGGAGCCCUGAUGGACGCUCGCGAGAAACGCGAGCUCGUCGAAUGCUUUUGA